UGUCCUGCACUCCCAGCCUCCGCGCCCUCCUCGUCCUCGACCUCAUACGCCCCCCGCCACAGCUCGGCUUCGCAGGCCUCGACGCCCUCUCAGCCGCGGUGCUCGCGCCGCAUGUGCAGACGGGAACAACUGCGAAGGGCAAAGAUAGAUACUGCUCGCCCUCGAUGCAGCUCGCAGUACAGCCGCAGAUCCCACCCAGGCAUGGUAACCUCGACGACGACCGCAAGCGCGCUGUUCAUGCGCCACGGCACGCCUCACGGAAGCCUGCUGACGGGCAUUCGUUCCCCCCACGCACAAAGGACGCGGUGCGCAGCUUGGGUUUGGGUACGCUAUGCGAGGUAUAUGAGGCGGACGAGGACCAGGGCGCUGCAGUACGUCUCUAUACUUCAUACCACACACACUACUCUGAACACGAACCAUGGCCAGGAUGGCCUCUCCGACAUGGACCACACUCUGGUAUGCAUGCACCUCCGAAAGUCGUACGUCUACUCACAAGUGGGGUCAGAUUACGAAAGAGUAUUUUGCAAAGGUUGAAGACGACUGGUCAAGAUGGCGGACUAUCAGGGAGAAGAAUAACCAUCUCCGCGAGCUGCAGCUCGAUCGCCGCAACAUUGUCCUCGACUCCGCCCAUCCAAACGUCGCGCCACACAUUGUCAUCACACCUCCCGACUCCGUAGAUGCAUGGAACAACUACUGGGCGACCUGCGUGAACAGGACAGGACCACAAGAACCCGCACAGCUGCAGCUGCCCCACAGAAGCGAUGGUCUCGACCCGCUUGCGUGCUUUGCGGCGCCCGCUGAUGCAGAGGCGCGUGUUCACCGUGCGGCGGCGAGCGACAAUGCGCAGAAUGGGUCGGAUGCGGGGCUCUUCACGGAACCUCGGAGAGUCUUCAGCAGUUCUCGACUGCAUUCAAGGGAACGUGAACUGCUAUUUCUUGAUAACAUAUCUGCUGCUGUGCAGCGUAGGCAGUUCAGACUGGCAGCGCAGGACGCUGCUUCCAUAGCACCUUCCUUCCGAGCGCGAUGGCAGGCGCCCGAGUUCGCGCACAGGUUCGAAAGGCCAUUCAAAUGGACAGACGAGGCGGAGCCUCUCCUGUCGUACUUCGCCCACUGCGUCGACACGACCGUCAUCGACUCCCCGACACCCUGUAUCGCGCCACACAUCGUCAUCCAGGAGCCUCCGACUGACGAGCCGGCACCGUUUAUGGCGUCCCACCACAAUCUCACACCGGCGCAACAAGACUGCUAUUUCCUCACCGUGCCCGCAUCCUUCGUGCAUUUCGUCAACGAGAAUGAUUCUCAGGUAUGGGGUACGGAGACCGACUUAGGCAUGGAUAUGGAGGCGGAGGCGGAAUCCAUAACAACGUCGUGCUCGGGGUCAUGGAGUGAGGGCCUAGCGACGCCACACGGGUCGCACUACGAGCUGGGCGAGGCGAUCAUCGAGGAGUUCGAGGAAUACGUCGGGGAGGACGAGGAGGGCCUCCGACCAGCGACGCCACCGUACCACGCGGUGGCGGAAGAGCCCCUGGAGAACUUGAAGGCGACCGUAGACGUCUUUGAGUGCGAGGAAGAGGACGAGUUGCCGCCCUUUGAUGACUGGUAUCAGAACAUUGCGAGUAGGGCGGCCACGUAGGCUGGUUGGGGUGGCGAUACCCACGUAUUGCGGUAUGCUAAGGUCGUAUAAUGUGUACUAUAGCGGUGUAGCAUAGUUGUGCGUUAUGCUGGAUAUCCUCCCCUGUGUGGUUGCGCAGUUGCCAACCGCAGGGCGUUGUUAAUUCUCA